AGCAUCCUACUUCCCCCAGCCUUGUUUUUCUCCCCAGGAUUUCACUUGGUGCUUUACCAUUAUCGCAAGUCCUCUACCUCCAAUGUGCCUGGUCUGUGCCAGUCUUUUGCUUAAAAUCGCCUUCGCUUGCACGAGAAAUUUGACAUUUGCCUAAAUCAUCGUUCUCAUUUACUCGCUGCAUGUACGCCGGAGCACUAGUAGCAUUAGGCUCUCCUUAUUGUGAAUGAUAAAACUUCAUUAGUUCGUCUCUUCCCCUGGUGUUUUGUUGCGAGAACAGCGGCAACCAGACGAACAAGCCUCUUUUUCCUUUUUCUAGUCGUCUUCAAAAGUCGGCUAUCGCAAAGCUGUAUAGCAACAAAACAGUAGUAGGCGCAGAGGUGAUCAACUACUGAAGUUUUAUCAUGCAUAAUGUAGCACCAGGCUCUCACCGAACGCGAAAGUUGCAACAGAAGAUACCUAAUGUGUUGAAUAGCUCAGAACAAAGUCUUGUGUAUUACUGGUUCUUGUUGAUACGCCUGAGAAUACAGAUACUAUGCGGAUCCUCUUGACCUGGCUUUCGUCGGAGCUGGUAUCCCGCACGUCCUUCGGCGUCCUGGGAGCUUUCCGUGUCGAACGCACACAACUCCAAAGCAGAAGAGGUUUUUGGUGCCUUCUCCCAAACGAAGACGCACCGCUGUCAGCACCAGAAGAACCUGAGCGCUUGCAAGGAAGUCGCUGGUCUGAUAGGCGUGCCACUUGGUCCACUCAGGGAUCCCUGCGACGUCGUGCCUCCUUUAUCGACGAUUCCAGUGCCGCUACGACAAGUGCGCGCGUAUCACAUAGAAAAGUACUAGUGUAGCAUGAAUUUUAAUUUUUUGCAGGCAAGACCACAGUGGUGCGCAAGGGUAAAAAGGUGCGUUUUACGCCGACGCUGGAGCUUGUGCUUGACCAGACUUAUGCGUGUGGCUCAACAGUAUAAAUGUGGACCUCUCUACUCUUGUCUUCCGGGGAUCCCCCCAGCUCAAAUCAAUUAUCCAUAUGUAAUGCUACAACUUUUCUGUGGGACCACGCGCGCUCAUCAUUGACUCCUCCCGUGGCGUCGCUCUGCUUCGAGGAAAUCAUGACAGAGAAGUGGACAUGCACAUAAGCACUGGAGAAGAGGACGCAGAGCGGCGACAUGAAGCAAGUUUGCUUUGCCGCGAGCGCAUCUGGAUAUCCGAAAGAAAAGUAAAUCCGUACCAGAAAGGGAGCUGAAUUUGCGUUGCUGUUUUUCUGUCACAAAAAAAGCUUCUGGCGAUGAUCUGCAGCAGGAGGAACAAGCUUCUGUCGUGCAUGAUGGAGAACGUAAUCCCGUCUAGUGUGACAAGGUCAAGAAAGGUGCUGAUAAAACAUUACCUCUCAUGCUGAACAUCAAAGACACAAAAUCAAAAAACAUCAUGACAAAUUUAUUUUUUCUCUGGUGUGGUGGGCUUUUCAUUUUCUUUGUGAUACAGGAGUCAAAACGACGAACUUCGCGAUGAUCAGAUGGACAAUACCCAGCGGGCUCGGUACGAGCAAAGACUCGCCGACAUGAUACUGCAGGCAGAAGAACAGCGACGCGAAAAUCUAUUCCGGCGAAAAGUACUAGCCCGUCGGUCAUGAUCUUUAAACAAAUUUUAUUGCGGAAUACAUUCGCCUCUGACAGAGACAGUGGUAAGAAUGAUUUUUUCUUGCUAGUGGUGCCCUGACCGAGCCGUUCAGAGCAGCUAUAGUGAAUGAUCCGCAGAUUGGGGACACCAAACCUCGACCAUGCACACGCUUGCGAUCAGGCAGCUGCAGCGACGCUAGAUGUUCGCGAGCUCGAUGAUCGAAAUUGUAUUUUUGCGUGACAAAUAGAAUCUGCCCACAGUAAUUGCACUCCGCAUCAUGUUGGAAACAGAGCGUCUGCUAUUUUUCUAAACGUGCCGCUUUUGUGCAAGGAUGCAUGGGGGACUGGGCUGCUUUUCACGGUGAUAGCGAACCCUGCGAUACGAGGAGCAGCGGAGCCUCUUGAGGAAUGAAAUUCAGACAUGGAACCGAAAAAAAGACCAAGACAAGGAAAACGCCAUGAGAGAAAAUAGGGCGAAGGCUGAUCGCGAUGUCAACGAAAUACCGCAAUGCAAACGCCCCCCCCGCGGAAACAUGGCGUAUUUUUGUACAUCGUUGCAGCGAGUCUCUCGACCAUCUUGCAUGUGCUCGGAUCGGCAAGACAAAUUCGCAAAGAGGAAAAAUAAAAAUUUGGUCGUGAUUCGACAACAUCGUGAGGAGUUGUUAUCAUGUGCUUUUUCUCGUCUGCAUAGGAAUUGCUGAUAGUGGGCGACCUUGCCUCUCUUUUUGCCCAUUGAUCAACAUAUUUAUCAGAGCUUGCAGUUACAAAGAUCGCUGGAAUCUAGGGGCGGGUCUCUUUUCAACAUGACCAAGAUUACGAGAAAGUUUGCGCGAGAUAGCAGCAGCCCUUUCGGAGCAGCAAAAGAUACGCGAAAACGCACGCGCAAACGAGCGCAGCAUAAGGCUCGACCUUGAGACACAGCUUAUCUGAUGCAAGUAUCAUAGUCAUUGGUUCAGAAAAAAUGCAAAGUGUUACAAUUGCCACACGUGAUCAUGCGGGGUACUUGCUCUCCCAUGCCAACGCACGACAUCUUGCUUGGUGGGGGUAAAAUUGCUAACUUAAAUACCAUACUUGUAUAGUAUACAGAUUACAUGAUUGCGAAGAAAUCAACAUCGCUCUGUUGCUAUUCACAACGUGAGUUGCAGUUGCGCAAAAGAUUGAUAUGGGUGGGUCAUAAUUCAAAGCGUCACAUCAGCGUCCGAGGCACGCUUCCGCACAUAAUCAUUCAAUUGCAGCACGAUUGAGAUACGCUACCUCCUCAGGUACUAGGCCUGCUACUAAACUUGCUUUCUCUGAUCCCACCACAUUUGCACUGCAUCAGACUGGGGAAGGCGCAAGACUCUAUCGCGACGAUUACCCAUGAGCGUGAGGGCAUGGAAACAGGGCAUGCACAACUCAUGGCCCUGAGACGAGCUGCUCGCCGGAACAGGCUGGAGUUUGAGGAAGACGACCGGCGCUGGAUGAGGGAGACAGAGGAGCGUGAAAACUCGAUGCUAAGCUGCCUGCAUCACCUUCACCUAAACCCCGCCCAGCAAGAACUUCGCGAAAAAGAUCAUGCGCUCCGGAAACAGCAGCAGGACAACGACACGGACACCGCGCGCGCGAGACAGCGGCUGGCCGAGGUCACGGACCGUCUCAGUAGAAAAAGACGGGAACUAAAUGAAGCGCGCGAGAAGCGGAAUCAAGCCCAACGCGAAAAAAACGAGGCAGAAGCCGCACUGCAGGAAGCGCGAAACCAGAAGAGGGAGCGAGACCGGAAACGAGCCGAAGAAGAAGAAAAGCGCAGGAGGGAAGAAGAAGAGCGGCGUAGGCAAGCAGAAGCGCGACGCAGGGAGGAAGAAGAAGAGCGGCGUAGGCAAGACGAAGCACGACGCAGGGAGGAAGAGGACGAACGCAACCGCGAACUUCAGCAUAAAAAUACUCGGUCCAGAUCGGCGAGCCCGGCGCUGAGUUAUGGCCCGCCUUCCCCGCCACCUACCCCGCCAUCCCCAUAUGAUUGGGGUUUCAGUUACAACUGCGGAUUUUAAGAAGCGCGACGCACGGAGAAAGAGGAAGCGCGGCAGAGGGGCGUUCAAUUUCUGUUUCAAAUGAUCCAUCCAAAGCCAACUUUUAUCGCCAAGAAAAACGCUAGCUCCUCGUAUUUGUAAAACAAACAAAAGAAGUGCGUAAUUCUGUUUUGCAUCUCUCAAAUAGAAUGCUACAGACUAGUCAUGGUCGUGGUCGCCUUUUUCAUUUCUUUGCCUGUCUGUGCACUCAUGAUUGUCAGAAAAGGCGCAGUAAGAAUUUCGAUACACGAAUCCUAGACGCAUCGAAAUUUUUGGUACGGAAUUAGAAUGUGUCUUGCAUGUAUAUUGUUAUUUGCUCUAAAGCAAAUAACAAAUACAUGCAAGCUUUUUGGUUUACAAAUGUGUGGAUGCUGGUAAAGAUUUUCCGGGGUAUAUCAUGUGACGCAGAGGACUCAGCCAGCUUUACUACCUGUAAGAGGACAGAAGGCUCUAAUCGGUCUCGCAUUACCUACUACCCGUAAGCGCACUACUCAACAAAACGGGUUUGAAUGCCGUCCGCUCCUAUUUCAAGCACCCGCUCGGCGAUAGAAGUGACAAGGUGCCCUCCUGGCACCAUCUCUCAGUAGACCGGGGAAAAACACUGACUACCAAACCAGAUUAGCGAAAAUUUUCCGGCUAUCAUAAUUGAGGCGAGUGGAUGGAAAUCGGAAACACGAUCGACCAAGAAUAGUCGUGCGAAGGGAAGAAAAUGCGCGAUGACGAGGUCUACUCCGAUGAUCUCGAUCAGCCCUAUAGCCGUUCCCUUUCAUCUCGGCCCUUGUCGUGUGUUGGAAUGCUAACUAGCUAAACUAAGCAAUUUUCGCAUAAGAAGAAAGUUCGUAUCUUUGGACGAUAAAGCAUGAUGGAUCGGCAAGUGGGUUUAUGAGAUUUCAUUAUUGACGAUACAGAACUCCAUUCGGAGAAAUUUUACGAUGGAACGAUCUGUAUUUUAGUGGUAGAGCUUGUCGAACAUGUUAUCUUUCUGUUUCACAAAAAUCAGGUUGAUUAUCGGUGAAACUUUACAUCCUACUAUGCAGCAGAUAACUUGACUUUUUCCUCCUCUACAACUCAGAGAACAAUGUAGAAAAAUAUUCACCAUGAUCUCGUUUCAGAAAUAUGAUAGUCCGUCAGGUCCGAUAUGGGCUAGCCGGUGAAUGUUGUAAGAUACUGACUAUACUUUCACUUUUGUGUACUACUUAUUAUCAAUACAAAUAAGUGUAUACAAAACAAAGAUCGAGCUUGCAGAAGUGUUGUAUAAUGUGUGGUCUCUCAAAAAAUUGGAUAGAUGUGCGACGACAUCAAUUGUCACAUAAUUUGAAUGUCAUUUUUUGAUCCGCGUGAAAGUGGGCGUCUCCCAGAAUGUUUUUUGUGUCGGUCGCUUCGCUUUCGCGCGUGUUGCUUCAGGCAUAUCGUAUCCAAACA